AUUUUACAUUUUACGUCGCAGCUCAAGUCGCACGUGAAGUUCUAGAAAGAAUCUUCAAAAACACGAAAACUAUAAAAUUGUAAAAAAAUGUUGUCCGCUGCACGCGCUAUUAGUAGAAAUGUCCUCGACUGCUCCAAAGUGAGGUUUGAGAAAGUGGGUUCCCGAAAUUUUGGACGUUUAACGAAUCAGUGGGUACCUUCCUAUUCUCUGAGCCCCAAAUAUGACAGCUUCAAACGAAACAAAUCAGAGGGUGUCAAAGGUGCCGUUAUCGGCAUCGAUUUGGGCACGACAAAUUCAUGUGUUGCAGUUAUGGAGGGCAAACAAGCCAAAGUUAUUGAAAAUUCAGAAGGUUCUAGAACAACACCCUCAGUUGUUGCUUUCAGUAAAGAUGGAGAACGUUUGGUGGGAAUGCCUGCCAAAAGGCAAGCAGUCACUAACUCUGCCAACACUUUUUAUGCCACCAAACGUCUGAUUGGUAGAAGGUUUGAAGAUGAUGAAGUCAAAAAAGACAUGAAAACAUUGUCUUAUAAAAUUGUAAGGGCAUCAAAUGGGGAUGCUUGGGUACAAGGUGCUGAUGGGAAAAUGUAUUCUCCUAGCCAGAUAGGGGCUUUUGUUUUGGUGAAAAUGAAGGAAACUGCAGAAGCUUAUUUGAAUACAAAAGUGAAAAAUGCAGUUGUCACUGUGCCAGCAUAUUUCAAUGAUUCCCAGAGACAAGCAACCAAAGAUGCUGGUCAAAUUUCUGGUUUAAAUGUACUCAGAGUGAUCAAUGAACCUACUGCAGCUGCUUUGGCUUAUGGAAUGGACAAAACAGAAGACAAAGUUAUUGCUGUUUAUGAUUUGGGUGGAGGUACAUUUGACAUUUCUAUUCUGGAAAUUCAAAAAGGUGUAUUUGAAGUGAAAUCAACAAAUGGAGAUACUUUCCUGGGUGGUGAAGAUUUUGACAAUGUCCUGGUUAACCACCUUGUCACUGAAUUUAAAAAAGAACAAGGAAUUGACAUCACAAAAGACCCAAUGGCAAUGCAACGGCUCAAGGAGGCCGCAGAAAAAGCGAAAAUCGAAUUAUCAUCGUCUCUACAGACCGACAUCAAUUUGCCUUACCUGACGAUGGACGCCUCAGGGCCGAAACACAUGAACUUGAAGCUGUCCCGCUCAAAGUUCGAAGGUUUGGUGGGAGAUCUCAUCAAAAGAACUAUUGCUCCAUGUCAAAAGGCAUUGAAAGACGGCGAAGUGUCCAAAUCCGACGUGGGUGAAAUCCUUCUAGUCGGAGGCAUGACGCGCAUGCCCAAAGUCCAGUCGACCGUCCAGGAGAUAUUCGGCAAGCAGCCGAGCAAGGCGGUGAAUCCCGAUGAGGCCGUAGCUGUGGGGGCGGCCGUCCAAGGGGGCGUUUUGGCCGGUGACGUCACCGACGUUCUUUUGUUGGAUGUCACGCCGUUGUCCCUCGGUAUCGAAACGCUCGGCGGCGUUUUCACCAGGUUGAUCAACAGGAACACCACCAUCCCGACCAAGAAAAGCCAAGUAUUUUCGACUGCCGCAGACGGACAAACGCAAGUCGAAAUCAAGGUGCACCAGGGCGAGCGUGAAAUGGCCGGCGACAACAAACUCCUGGGCCAAUUCUCCUUGGUGGGCAUUCCGCCCGCCCCUAGGGGCGUGCCCCAAGUCGAGGUCACCUUCGACAUAGAUGCGAAUGGGAUUGUCCACGUCAGCGCCAGAGACAAGGGCACUGGUAAAGAACAACAGAUCGUUAUCCAGUCUUCGGGAGGUCUCAGCAAAGACGAGAUCGAGAAUAUGGUGAAAAAGGCGGAGCAAUAUGCACAAGAAGACAAGGUCAAGAAAGAUAGGGUGGAGGCCGUCAACCAGGCAGAAGGAAUCGUGCACGACACAGAAACCAAAAUGGAGGAGUACAAGAGCCAGUUGCCGAACGAAGAGUGCGAUAAAUUGAAAGAGGAAAUCGCCAAGGUCAAAGAACUGUUGGCCAAAAAAGACGAAGCAGAUCCGGAGGAAGUACGCAAGGCCACCCAAACCCUGCAACAGUCUUCAUUGAAAUUAUUCGAAAUGGCCUACAAGAAGAUGGCCGCCGAAAGAGAAGGUUCAGGCAGCAGCAGCAGCAGUAGCGGUCAGGAGGGUGAAGAAACCAAAGAGAAGAAAGAAGAGAAAAAUUAAUUUUCGUGAAAGUUUCUAGGUAUACAAACAUUCUAGUGUGGAGAGAAUGAUCGAAAUGCGUCGCGAGGUAUGUGAGGGUGUCAGUUUUGACCUGUACGAUUUCCGGAAAUCCGUAGAACGAACGAAAAUAUACGGGGCGUUUUAUUUACAGGUGUUUCUCGAAUUUGCAUUUUCAAUAUUCAAUUCACAGAGUGAUUUUAUUUCUUUCAAUUGAGUGAGUGAUUUAUCUUCGAGAAUUAUUGAGAACAUACUAGUUUUUUUUUAGGUCCAAAAAGGAGCAACAUGUUCAGGAAUUUUAUGAAAAUUCUGUAUACUCCACUGGAUUCAGAAUGUCUUGAGAUAUUACUGAUCACAGUUUCAUCGAAAUCUGUUCAGUAAUAAAAAUUGAUGGGUUGAUUAAACGGCAUAUUUUUCAAAUUUCAUUCCUUUAUAACUUUUUUAUUGAUUGACGCAUUUCAACGUAAUUUACAUGUUACUCAUUUGAAAAUGUCACAAAUCCAGUGGUGUAGUCAGUUUUUUUCUAAAAAAAUCGCUAGUAAUUUUUUUAGAUUUUUGACCUUGAAAAAUCAGAUUAGUUGGCCCUGGAAAUGGAGAUUUAUUCAUGAUAUUUGGUGUCCUAAUAGACUUUUUGAAUAUCUACCU